CCAGUUGCUGUUGCCCUCCAAUCGGAUCGGCGGUCCUUAGUGUUUGUACUUUUCUGAAGGCCAAGUUUCUUAAGAACCAAACUCCUCUUUUUUCACAUCAUCUGCCAAUGAAAUGAGAUACAAGAUGUCGAUCUCUAGGUCAGCAAACAACGAUGAGCAUGCUGCAGCGGAGCUGCUCUGGCAACUGAAGGCAAUCGCAACCAAGGAAGUAGAAAACGUGAACAUCCCAUACAGCUGUAUCGAUUCCUUCUUCGAUCCGUUGGAGUCAUUGGAAGGGCGAGGAAGAACAGUUUCUGUUGACGAGACRGUGGAUCUUGCCAUGAAUCAAAUCUCGCCAGUCCUGUCGGUGAUUCCAAAARCAUUUACCGAACGAAACCACUUCCUUCUCGACACCUCGAGUAGCUCAAUCGAUCAUAUUGAUCAUCACGACUGGAGCCCAACUGUCGAGAAAAAGAGCCGUCGUCCAUCACUGAUUAGAAUCGGGGAAGGGACAAGACAAUCCAAGAGGAAAAGAGAAAGCCAUGUUGGCCUCACCACAAAGUCGGGUAUCAUUCGUUCUACGCUCCGUAAGAAGGUAAGCAUUGCUCUGCUACUUAGUCCAUCAACCAUACCGCCUCUUACCUAACYWGUCACCCAUUUGUUAUUUUCCGCUYUGGUCCGAUUCGUCUGUCAAUUAAGUUCUCGUGGAAACAGUAUCCAGAAGUAAGUCACAAUAGAGGUGGUCUUCAAAAGGCUUCUCGAUUGAGUUUCAUUUCGAGAGAUUUCUCACUCAAAUCGCUUUGUGAAAACAUCUUUUCCUAUACAUUCGCUGCACUCAUCCAGUUGGAGGAUUACCUCCUGAAAAAUCAAGAAGAGUAUUUUGAGUAUUCUUCUCGUAACUACACAGCCGAACAAAGAAAGUAUAAUAAUGGUU